AAAUCAUUGAACCAGAUCAAUGUUAUCAUAAUAACUACCUAGGUAUAUUCAAAUCUCAUUUCAAUCCUCACCCAUAGGCUUAAUUUUCAAAGUUGCGCAAUCAAUUCACGAUGGCUUCUUCGACGCGUUAUUACCUUGACAAGAUCUACCUUGUUUACUUCAUCCUUCAUAUACCCAUCUUAUUUUGCGUCGAUCUUGUCCCUCUCUACCCUGCUUCUCUCUGGGUACCUCCCUCGGCGCCUCUGCAUUUCUUAUACGAUUUGCGGGUGUACUACAUAGAGACGUACAAUGACCAGUUCUUUGCGCCACCACCUGCAGCCAUCCCAAGUUUCUUCCCGCUAUUUGCUUUUUUGGAGCUUGUAUUCCACCUGCCGGUAUCGCUUUGGGCGGUACGUGCACUUCUAGGCGGUGGACGUGGUGCAAAGCAAAGCGGGCUUAGCGGUAGCGCUGAAUUACUACUACUCGUGUACGGCAUUGAGACGGCUUUAACCACAGGAACUUGCAUGUAUGAAGCAUUUCUUUGGGAUCCCCUCGUGGUCACUGCCCAGCAGAAGGUUGUAUUGUUGGGUGGUUUGUACGGCGGGUACCUCGCAGUUGCAAUUUUGUUGACAGCUGACAUGUAUGUGCGACUGCUCGGACGCCUUAAUACAAUCGAUAAUAUCAAAAAGGCUCAAUAAUCACGGAGUCAGCGCCGGAAUCAGACACCUAUUAUUCAAACUAGCGAUUGGAAAAAAAAUGAUUUAAUAUCGUUACAUAAUCUAUAACUACUUCAUGUCCUGAGUUGGUAUCAUUGCCAU